AUGAAUGACUGCGAUAUCAUUAAGGCGUGGAGGAGGUAUGUGUCGGUCUGUCUUCUUUUAACUGCUGUUCUGAAUAUAUCAACCGCUGUUAUUCACUAUUCUAUUCCGGAGGAGAUGGAAGAAGGGUCUGUUGUUGCGAAUCUCGCCGCUGAUUUGGGGCUAGAUGUCAAAUCGUUGACAAAACGCAGAAUGCGUUUGGAUGUCAUAGCCAACAAGAAAUAUCUAGACGUUAACAUGGAUACAGGAGACCUGUACAUUUCAGAGAGAAUUGAUCGUGAAAAUCUUUGUCCUUUUAAGAUGAGUACGUCUAAUUGUUUCCUUAAACUUGAUGCAGCAAUUGAAAACCCGGUACGGAUGUUUAACAUAGAACUGGAGAUUGUCGAUAUCAAUGAUAAUGCGCCACAUUUCCGCAGGGAUACAAUGCACUUGGACAUAUCGGAAUCUACUCCGACUGGCGAACGGUUUUCUCUCAACAAUGCAGUAGACCCAGAUUUUGGAUCCAACUCAGUAGAAACCUACUAUCUCAGUGAAAGUGAACACUUCACCAUUGAAAUACAGGCAGGUAGAGACGGUUCUAAAUUUGCAGAUUUGAUUCUGAAAAAGGCUUUAGACCGCGAGGAACAGGCUGUUCAUAAUCUCAUACUUACAGCAGUAGAUGGAGGUGUCCCUGCGCGCUCAGGUAUUGCCAGCAUCAUCGUCCGCGUGCUAGAUACCAAUGACAACGCCCCUCAGUUCGACAAAGAAAGCUACACCAUAAGUUUAUCCGAAAAUUCGCCCAUCGGAAGCCUUGUAGUCAAAUUAAAUGCAACAGAUUCAGACGAGGGCUCAAAUGCAGACAUUUUAUACUCAUUCAGUCUCUAUACUUCAGAAAAAACUCAAGAAACGUUCAGUUUAAAUGCUGAUAAUGGUGAGAUAAGAGUCAAAGAAAUUAUUAAUUAUGAAGAUUUUAAAAUAUAUGAUAUGGAGAUCGUAGCAAAGGACAGGGGAGCAGAUUCUUUAACAGGGCAGUGCAAAUUAACAGUUUUAAUUAACGAUAUGAAUGACAAUCAUCCUGAUAUCUCAAUAAAGUCUUUUCAAAGUCCUAUCAAAGAAGAUGUAGCUGUAAAUACAGUAAUUGCUGUCGUUAGUGUGAGUGAUAAAGAUUCAGGGGAAAAUGGCGAAGUCGAUGUUCAUAUUUCCAACGAGUUACCUUUCACGUUAAAAGAAUCUUCUGAUAAUUUUUAUCACCUUUUAGUUUCAGAACCUUUGGAUCGUGAGCAAGUCCCGGAGUAUUACAUCACUAUUACUGUUACAGACAGAGGUUCCCCACCGUUAUCGGAUAAUGAAACAAUCGUUUUAGAACUUUUAGACGUAAACGACAACGUGCCUCAGUUCUCUCAGUCUUUCUACACUAUACCUGUGAUGGAGAAUAAUGCACCAGGGGCGUUACUGAGUUCACUCACUGCUUUAGACCCUGACCUUCAUGAAAAUCAAUAUCUAGUUUAUUUUAUCAUCGAAAAGGAAAUAGUGAACACCUCCAUGUCCAUGCUAUUCUCUAUAAAUCCAGAGAACGGUAACCUUUACGCGUUAAAGACGUUUGAUUAUGAAAUAGAGAAGGAAUUCCUUUUCCAUAUUGAAGCUAGAGACUCUGGCGUUCCUCCACUCAGCAGUAAUGCGACCGUUCACAUUAUCAUUAUGGACCAGAACGACAACGCACCACUUAUAGUGUCUCCUUGGCGUGCGCAUGGCUUCGUGGUGGAAGAAAAGAUCCCUAGGUCAACCGACAAAGGAACUCUGAUAGCCAAAGUGAUAGCCAUCGACACAGACUCAACACAGAACUCCCGGAUUACUUAUCAGUUUUUACAGAAUACCGACGCCACCUUGUUUAGUCUGGACCAAUACAACGGUGAAAUUCGUACUAUGAGAAUGUUCAGUUAUAGAGAUGCGCGUCACCAGCGGUUGGUGGUGAUUGCCAAGGACAAUGGAGAGCCCUCGCUCUCUGCUACAGUCACCAUCAAACUGUCCACAGUGGAGACUGCACUUAAAGCCUAUUCAGACAUGUCGGAGGUGCCUUUAGAGUAUGACAUAUUUUCAGAUUUGAACCUUUAUUUAGUAAUCGGAUUGGGCUCAGUAUCAUUUCUGUUACUCAUCACCAUAUUGGUCACUAUUGUGCUGAAGUGUCAAAAACCGAAGCCCAGCAAAUCUACCCCUACCUGUCGGAACAGUGUGAUCAGCGAGAGGAACUCAACCAUUGCAGAUUCCACUCUAGUCUCUAACGACGCAUACUGGUACAGUUUAUUUCUGGCAGAGACAAGGAAGGGCAAGUUAGUAGUGAGACAGCCUGUGCCAAAGGGGGCGAGGUACAUUGUGUCCAGCAUUCCAAGGAGCACAGGAGUAACUGAGACCAGCGAUUCAGCUGCUUCUACGUUGCAGGUAAACAACAUUAUCUAA